ACCACCAACGACGAGCAUGAAGCCGCCUUCGUCCACCUCCUACCUCCUCGUCCCUCUCGCCGUUCUCCUCAUCGUCUUCGUGCUUCCGGCUCUCAGGCCUUCGCGCGUCGGCUCCGAUGGCCUCGGCGUCCUCUGCAGCAACCGCACCGGGGCCGACGGCCGGCACACCGCCAAUGUCGCUCCACCGGCCGCCAUUGAGGAGGAGGCCGAGCUCAGCCUCCUUGUCGGCGUCCUGACCAUGCCGAAUCGGCGGGAGCGGCGGGACAUCGUGCGCCUGGCGUACGCGCUGCAGCCUCCUGCCACGCGCGCGCGCGUGGACGUCCGGUUCGUGUUCUGCAACGUGACGGACCGGGUGGACGCGGCGCUGUUGGCCCUGGAGAUCAAGCGGCACGGCGACAUCGUCGUGCUGGACUGCGCCGAGAACAUGAACGAAGGCAAGACGUACGCGUACCUCUCCUCGGUGCCGCGCCUCUUCGCGGCCUCGCCCUACGACUACGUCAUGAAGACCGACGACGAUACGUACCUGCGCGUGGCGGCGCUCGUCGACGAGCUCCGUGGAAAGCCCCGCGACGACGUGUACCUCGGCUACGGGUACGCCAUGGGCGGGCAGCCCAUGCUGUUCAUGCACGGCAUGGGGUACGUCGUGUCGUGGGACGUGGCGAGCUGGGUGGCGACGGCGGAGGAGAUCGUGGCACACAACGACACCUUGGGCCCUGAGGACAUGAUGGUCGGCAAGUGGAUCAACCUCGCCGGCAGGGGAAAAAACAGGUACGACCUCAAGCCGCGGAUGUACGACCUCAACUGGGACAUGGACAACUUCCGGCCGGACACCGUCGCCGUGCACAUACUCAAGGACAACCUCCGGUGGGCGGCGACGUUCAGGUACUUCAACGUCACCGCCGGGAUCAAGCCGUCCAACCUGUACCAUUUGCCGUCCCUGGUCAUCUGAUCGACCGAUAUUUUCUUUUUGUGUUAGCCAUUUGUCAAUCGUGUCAAUUAUCAAUUCUUUUUUCGUAAGUACGUGUUCGUGCAUUGGUUGUGCGGGACACGAACGAGAGUCAUGGUCCUCAUGUAUGGUAAGAAGAGUUGUGUGCUAGUAGUGGGGCAGCAUUAUAUUCUUCGAGUCAUGUCAUGUGCCGAUGGUCAAAAGGGCCGUGCAAGUCGACGCACUUUGGUAUCGCUUUUGUAUGUUUCUUUCUUGGUGAUGGCCGCACGGUCCUGACGGUUGUUCCA